AUGCCUGACAUUCGAUCUUUCUUCACGUCCAAGGGUGGUGGUGUCCCCGCCCCGGCGAAGCCUGCCGCGAAGCCCGCCGACGAUGCGAAGAACAAGCGUUCAAAAAACCGCAAGGUUAUUGAGGACAGCGACGAUGACGACGAGCCAAUCCAGGAUACCGAACUCAAGGGAGUAGCCAUAACGGCUGACGACUACUUUGCAUCUUCCAAAGACAGCAAAUCCGCCAAGGCUGGACCGGCAAAGAAGAGCGACCCCAAGGCCAGUGUAAAGACCGAAGUCCCGGUGCGGGCGAGUCCCCGCGGGAAACGGGCUGUCGCCCCGGCCCAGGACGACACACCCGCCAAGAAGCGCCCCGCGGGGAACUACAAGAAGCACGAAGCCGACGAUGAUGAUGCCUACAUGGAAGAUGCAGACGAGGACGACGAUGACAUAUUUGCUGCUGAUAUCAAGGGCCGGGGAAGGCGCAAGAAUGACGACUACGAGGAUGAUGAGUCGGAAGAGGAAGUCCUCCCCGAGCCCAAACGUCUCGCGGCGCGCGGUCGCUCCGCUAAGGUCGCGGAAGGCGAUGCGAAGCUUUCGCGAUCUGCAUCAACAGCCAAGAAGCGCAAGACACCGGAACCAGACUCGGAAUCAGACGAGCCGGCCCCGAAGAAGAAGGCGCCCGCCAGCAAAUCCCGUGCCCCGAGGGCCCAGAAGCCCGCCGAAGACGAAGACUCGGCCUACCAGAACAUCCUCAACAGCGUGACCACCGUCCGGCCUCCGACACCCCCUCCUAAGGACCCUAAUGUCAAAUUCGACUGGCGAAAGGCGACUGGUGGAGGCAAUGCAGCGGCAGCACCGCAGAACCCCAUAGCCGACAUGCCCGAGGGUGCUGAGGAGUGCCUUACCGGCCUGACAUUUGUCUUCACCGGCCUCCUGCAGACAGUUGGGCGCGACGAGGCGCAGGCCCUAGUCAAGCGGUACGGCGGCAAGGUUACCGGCCAGCCGAGCAGUAAGACCAGCUUUGUUGUCCUCGGUGAGGAUGCUGGGCCCAGCAAGCUUUCCAAGAUCAAGUCGCUGGGCAUCAAAACUAUCGAUGAGAACGGCCUCUUUGACCUCGUCCGCAAACUUCCGGCGUUUGGCGGUUCGGGCAAGGGUGCUCAGAAGGCUCAGGAGAAGAAGAAGGCUGAGGAAGAGAGGAUCCUGAAGGAGGCUGCCGAGAUGGAGGCGCAGGAGAAGGCAAAGAAGCUGGAGGAGGCCAAGAAGGCCAAGGCAGCCGCUGCUGCUCGCGGGGACUCAUACAAACCUGCCCCGCCCCCUGCUGCUCCGACUGCUCAGCUGCUGACAUCAAAAUAUGCUCCCACUCAACUCAGCCACAUCUGUGGAAACAAGGCACAGGUGGAAAAGAUCCAGAGCUGGCUCAGGAACUGGUCGAAGUCGAAAAAAUACAACUUCCAGCGACGAGGUGCCGACGGUCUAGGCGGCGAACGUGCUGUAAUCCUCUCAGGUCCGCCGGGAAUCGGAAAGACGACCGCUGCUCACUUGGCUGCAAAGCUCGAGGGGUUCGAUGUACUCGAAAGCAACGCAAGCGAUACGAGGAGCAAGAAGUUGGUCGAGGCUGGCGUCAGUGAUGUCAUGAACAAUACCUCGUUGCUCGGUUUCUUUGCCGGCGAUGGCAAGAACGUGGACAAUGGCAAGAAGAACAUGGUUCUCAUCAUGGACGAGGUUGACGGUAUGUCGGCCGGCGAUCGAGGUGGUGUUGGUGCCCUGGCCAAGUUCUGCAAGAAGACAGAGGUCCCCCUAAUCCUCAUCUGCAACGAACGCAAGCUACCCAAGAUGAAGCCCUUUGACCACGUUGCCUUUGACAUCCGGUUCAACCGCCCAACGGUGGACCAGGUCAGGUCGCGCAUCAUGACGAUUUGUGUACGCGAGGGCCUGAAGCUGCCGGUGCCAGUCAUCGAUGCCCUGAUCGAGGGCAGCAACAAGGACAUCCGUCAAAUCAUCAACAUGAUCGCCACUGCCAAGCUUGACCAAAAGAGUAUGGACUUCGACCAGACAAAAACCAUGACCAAGGCGUGGGAGAAGCACGUUAUUCUCAAGCCCUGGGACAUCUGCCAGAAGAUGCUAGGGGGCGGUCUUUUUGCCCCGUCGAGCAGCUCGACGCUCAACGACAAGAUUGAGCUGUACUUUAACGACCAUGAGUUCAGCUUCCUCAUGAUUCAGGAGAACUACCUGCGGACAAAGCCGAUGCUCCUCAACGGCAAGGGAUACACUCCCCGGGAGCAGAAGCUCAAGGCCCUGGAGCUGUUUGACAGCGCCGCCGAGAGCAUCAGUGACGGCGACCUGGUGGACCGCAUGAUCCACGGGCCGCAGCAGCACUGGUCGCUCAUGCCGACGCACGCCGUCUUCAGCACAGUCCGGCCGGCGAGCUUCAUCUCCGGCCAGCUGAUGGGUUCCAGCUUCACCUCGUGGCUGGGUAACUUUAGCAAGACGGGCAAGCUCGGCCGCUACACGCGCGAGAUCCACUCGCACAUGCGUCUCAGGUCCUCUGGCGACCACAACGAGAUCCGACAGGAGUACAUGCCCGUGCUGUGGGACCAGAUGAUCAACCGGCUGCAGAACGAGAGUACAGACGCCGUCAAAGAUGUCAUUGAGCUCAUGGACAGCUACUACCUUACGCGCGAAGACUUUGAUGCCAUCCAGGAGCUUGGUGUCGGCUACAUGAAUGAGGACCUGGUGUCGAUCGACUCCAAGGCCAAGGCUGCCUUUACGAGAACGUACAAUGCCAUGAGCCACCCAGUGCCAUUCAUGAAGGGAACCGACAACGUCAUGGCACCAAAGAAGCAGGCCAAGGAGGUUCCCGAUCUGGAAGAGGCCAUUGAGGAGGAGGAGGACGGCGAAGCCGUCGAGGCGCCCGAGGCUGACGAUGACAGUGGCGAGAUCGACCUCAAGAAGGACAAGUACAUCAAGCAGCCCAAGAAGAAGCCGGCCAAGAAGCCGGCAAAGGCUGCCGAGGGCGACAGCGACGAUGACGGUGGUGCGAAGAAGCCCAAGGCUAAGCCAAAGGCCAAGGCCAAGAAAUAA